AUGGGUAAUGGGGUGAUGUGUUUCUGCAAUGAAGAAACUGUGGCCCUGGUUACGCCUCCUCUGGCUCAGUCACACAGCUACCCGGUAGGUGACUGGAGGUGUAUAGUUGUCCUCGCCUGGAUUGUGCUGAUGUGGCCCCAACCCCACCGCCCUACCCAUCCCAUGAUGUCCGAAGAAACCCCACAGAUCAAAAUGGCCAAGGCCAAGGAAAAGUUGAGAGACGCUCAUCCCCAGGCCAACCCUCGUGUUGGUACAGGAGCAAGCGACGCCAAAAAGAAGAACAUAAAUAAUGGCGCUAACCCUGAGACAACCACUUCUAGUGGUUGCCACUCACCAGAGGAUGAAACGAAGGCAAGCCACCAACAUCAGGAUGCCCUAAGGAGGGAGCUAGAGGCCCAGGUUCAUACCACACAAAUCCUUACAUUUCAGAAAACGGAGCUUCAGACGGCACUCUAUUACAGCCAGCAUGCUGUCCAGCAGUUGCAAGGAGAGACCAGGGAUCUGGUGUGCCGCCUCCAUGAAUCAUGGAAGUUUUCCAGAGAAUUAGAGUGGGCCCUCUCUGAUAUCACCACACAGAAGAGGAAGGCAGACAGGUACAUCGAGGAGUUAACGAAGGAGAGGGACACCCUGAGUCUGGAACUGUACAGGAACACCAUAAUCGAUGAGGAGCUGAAGCAGAAAAAUAUCAAAUUAGAAGAAAAACUUCGACUUCAAGAGACUCAAAAGACUGAGAUCCAGCUCAACGUAAAGGAGCUAGAAAGGAAGCUGGAGAGGGCCAAGCUCCUGCUGCCACAGCAGCAGCUGCAGGAGGAGGCUGACCACCUGGGUAAGGAGCUUCAGAGUGUGUCAGCAAAGCUCCAAGCCCAGGUGGAAGAGAACAAGUUGUGGAACCGCCUGUACCAGCAACAGGAAGAGAAGAUGUGGAGGCAGGAGGAGAAGAUACAGGAGCAGGAGGAGAAGAUACGGGAGCAGGAGGAGAAGAUGCGAGAGCAGGAAAAGAAGAGGCAGGAGCAGGAGGAGAAGAUGUGGAGGCAGGAGGAGAAGAUACAGGAGCAGGAGCAGAAGAUACAAGAGCAGGAAGAGAAGAUGUGGAGGCAGGAGGAGAAGAUUUGGAGGCAGGGGGAGAAGAUGCACGAGCAGGAGGAGAAGAUACAGGAGCAGGAGAAGAAGAGGCAGGAGCAGGAAGAGAAGAUGUGGGAGCAGGAGGAGAAGAUUUGGAGGCAGGAGGAGAAGAUGCAUGAGCAGGAGGAGAAGAUACAGGAGAAGGAGGAGAAGAGGCAGGAGCAGGAGGAGAAGAUGUGGAGGCAGGAGGAGAAGAUACAGGAGCAGGAGCAGAAGAUACGGGAGCAGGAGGAGAAGAUACAGGAGCAGGAGGAGAUGUGGAGGCAGGAGAAGAUACAGGAGCAGGAGGAGAAUAUGCACAAUCAGGAGGAGAAGAUACGGGAGCAGGAGGAGAAGAUACAGGAGCAGGAGGAGAAUAUGCGAGAGCAGGAAAAGAAGAGGCAGGAGCAGGAGGAGAAGAUGCGGAGGCAGGAGGAGAAGAUACAGGAGCAGGAGGAGAAGAUACACGAGCAGGAGGAGAAUAUACGAGAGCAGGAGAAGAAGAGGCAGGAGCAGGAGGAGAAGAUGCGGAGGCAGGAGGAGAAAAUGUGGAGCCAGGAGGAGAAGAUACGGGAGCAGGAGGAGAAGAUACGGGAGCAGGAGCAGAAGAUAUGGAGGCAGGAGGAGAAGAUAUGGGAGCAGAAGGAGACGAUGCGGGAGCAGGAUGAGAUGAUGCGGGAGCAGGAGGAGAAGAUGUGUGAGCAGGAAGAGAAGCUGCAGGAGCAGGAGGGGAAGAUGCGGAGGCAGGAGGAGAAGAUACAGGAGCAGGAGGAGAAGAUACGGGAGCAGGAGGAGAAGAUAGUGGCUGUUGUGCUGUGGCAGGUGACCCAGGUAACGCUCCGCUGCUGUUGCAGACCUGAGGCUAUGGGCUCUUCAACUCCACCUGCGGAUCGGGCAACAGGGUCGGUAGUGGCUGGUCUUCCAGAUUCUGGGCCCAUAAUAAACCGUGGUGGCGAUGGCACAGUGGGACCCUGUUAUCUGCCCAGGCCCGUUGCACCUGGCCCCUUCCUCCAGCGCCUGAAGGACUGCUCCUCCCUUGACUAG